UUUGAAAAGGACGGUCGGAGUUGCAUCUCGGUCUUUCUCAUCUCCUCCUCCGGUUCUCCCCAUCGAGGAAUUCAGCACAGAUCUCUUCCACCUAUUCUGCAUCCCCGUUCGGAUUGAACCCCUCCUCUGAGGAAGAGAAAGGCAGGAGGAGGAGGUGGUGGAGGCUUUUCUUGAUUUGUUUGUUCUUCGAUCUUCCAUGGAUGGUGGCGUCCGUGCUCGCUCGCUAAUCAACGCCGACUCGGGCGCCACUGGAGCGAAUCAUGGACGGGAGAAUACCCAGAAGAGACCUUUAAUGGGGAGCUCAGUGAGGAGGAAUGGGCUGUCGGAUAUCACCAACACCGUGAGUUCCGCAGGGAUUGGAAUCAGCCGCACGUCCUGCUCUGAUGACGAUAAGGAAAACGCAAACGUGAUGCCUUCUCCGAGACCCAAGGACUGCAUUUCUCAGUUGAUGAAGGAAAAUACCUCUUUGUUGAAGCUUCUCGCUGAGAGGAAUGAGAUCAUUCGGUUGAGCAGCAUUGAGUUGCAGAAACUUGAGCUCCAAUUACAGAAAACCAACCAACAAAAUUGGCAGCUAGCUAGAGCUAACUCUCAGAUGCUAGCGGAGCUUAAUUUAGGGAAAGAUAGACUAAAAGCAUUACAACAUGAGCUUGGUUGUACCAGAGCAGCCCUUAAAUUGAAGACCUCAGAACUGGAGGAGAAAGAAAAGUUGAAUAAAGAAAUUUGUCAGAAGGUUGGCUCUAAGGAGGGAGGAACCAACCACGGUGAGGUUGCAGCAGGUGCAUUUACGACAACUGAUAAGAAAACCUCCAACCUUAAUAGGAAGUGCAAGUUAAAAGCACAGUGCUCUGCCACUCUGACCCAUCAAGUACCAUCAGAAGAAAAGGUCGACGGAAGAAGGCUAUCCCUAAGAAGGAGAUCGAUCAAUUUGACACCUGAAUCAUAUCAACCCGUGGAGAGCUUGCGUACAAUAGAGGAUGUCAAAGUUCCAGUUCAGUCAAUCGGUGAGUCAUCAGAUGAGAACAUUUCUAUUCAACUGGAUUCUGCAAAUGGUUCUAUGAUUCAAGUGAAGAACGAGGAAGAGGAUUUGAGUGGCUCACCGAAGUUAGUAAAUGAGGAACUCCAGAGAAGAUCUUCAUUUGGAAGGCCACUGCGAAAGGCCGCUGAGAAGGUCAGUUCCUACAAGGAAAUGUCCCUUAAAUCGAAAAUGCGAAGGAUGGGGUAAGAGCCUUCGUUCUACUUGGAUUCCAACACUUCAGGUAGUGCCAACUGUGUGCUGGACACCCCAAUCCUUCUACAAUCUUAUCAUGUUUUUUUUUUCCGCACACUUAUAGUCCCUGUAAGCCAGUACCUUGCGUUGUUAGCUUAACGGCAUUUUCACUUUCCGUAUUGGUUGAAGCUAAAGAACAUCUGAGCCACGAUGAUGUUGGAAAUUUGGAAUUACUUAUAGAAGAAAACAAUUUCAAGGGAGCUUCCAUA